GAGGUUUAGGGAUGAGACCAAGGCCAAAAUUGCAGAGACAGUUGAAGAACGAGAGCGGCAAACAUGGCAGCAAUCGGCGUCGCCGGAAGGUCUACGCUUCUGGGUCCGAUUCUCAGAACAGCAACGGCAAGAACUUCAAUCGCAUCGAGAGCUAGAUUCUCCGUUCCGAACCCUAAUUCGGCAUCUGCUCGCUUGAACUCUUCUUCUCUUCGUCAAGCCCGAACCGAAGUCUCUGCUUCCAGGUUUUUCCGGCGAGAACUGAGCACCCAGCAGCCAUUUUAUAGCGUCGUCGCUUCUGCUUGCCUCGUUUCGAAGCUCCCCUCUGAUGUCACCGCCUCCUAUGAAGGUAGGUUUGCAAACUAUGUCAGUCCCAUCUAGAAGCAACAGGUUUGCGAGAUGAAUGGCUUCACCUUUGGUUUCUUUUACGCUAUUUUGGUGUUUUCAAGAGAGAAAAACUCAGGUUCUUGCAUAUUAAAAUUGUUAGACAUGUUUGGAAGCCGAAAAUGUAUUUCUCGGAGGUUACUUACUUGGAUCUGGUUUCAAUUUUUUUAGUCAAAUGAUACUCAACAAAAGUUGUUCUCAGAAUAUACCAUAAUCCUCUCUGCAGUUUCGGGGAAAUAAAGAUCAUUUUCUUCGGUGAAACCUUUACUUUCCUGCCAGAUUAUGUGUUGCAUUCUUUACACAACCAGAUUUCAGAUUAGAUACUGAGGCUCUUAUCUCUGGCAUCUUGGAUCUGCUGUAAGUUAAAUGCUGACCUACUUAGAGUAGCCAAAUGCUCAUGAAAUUAUAGCUAAAAUAUGAAAGGGUGAAGGCUAAAGAAGGGAAUAUAUUGUGCUUCAUAUGUUAUUUGCUUCGUGUAUCUCCAAGUAACAGCACUAUGAUCCUAGAAAUCUCAUUGAUACUAUUAUACUUUACGUUAUUUCUCGAAGUGUGGUCGGAUUUAGGCCAUAUAUGGUGGGUUAUGUAGAAAGAGCUUCAUGGCUACCGAUAUUUUGAUUUUGUGGAAUACCCAUUAUUAAAAAAGGAAAGAAAGAGAGAUCCUUUCUCUGGUCUAAUCAGCAAAAACCAAACUUGUGUCUGGUUGUUAUCAUACCUGUCAAUGCUUGUUGUUUCUGGAUUUAGGCAAUGAUUCUUGCGUGCUGUUUGGAGAUUCCUGAAUAUAUCUGUCCCCAGAAGAAAGUUGCAGUUCUACGGUAAAGAAGGCUUCUGCUUGGACCGCUUGGUUCUUUUUCAGAUAUUGACAGCUCUGCUUUGGUGUGAAUCAUGGUUUAGUCAUUGAUUCUUGUUCAUGAACGAUAAGUUUAACGGGUAUGUGUUCCACAACGUUAGGAAAAGUUGUUUUGUUGAUAGAAUUCUGGGAAUUUUCUGCUUAGAUCUCAGGUUCAGCGGUUCAUCUGAUGCAUUAGGAAUCUUGGGUACUUUUCUUUCAGAUCGAUUUUCUUUCUUCUCUUUUCUUGGGACCAUUUUGAUACCAAAAAAACCAGUGUGUCAUUUAGCCGCUGAGUCUUUAUCUUGCAGGAUUCACACUUCUUCCCUUUGUUGUCAAUAAAGAACAGUUUGGUGCACAAAGCAUCCCGUUGAGCGGGGGUCCGGGAAGGUCCGGGGACCUGGAAGAGUCCCACCAAGAGGGUGUAUUAUAUGCAAAGCUUACCUUAUAGAAAUAUUCUGCAAGAGGCUGCCUCCAAUAUUCGAACCGUGACCUCUAGAGUACAACGACAACACACCAAUACUUCCCUUCUUUGUUGCCAAUGUUUUUGGGGAAAAAAAAGUUAUUCAGUUGGUUUUCCAUUUUUCAUCAUCUAAAUCUUUCUUAAACCACAAUCUAAAGUUUGAUUGAAUUUGGAAUUU